UGUCCGUUAUCGGGCAUAACUGAAGGUACCAUUGGAUUCAGCGGGUCUUCACCUAUUUAAUUACAUAAUAUAAGUCUUGUACCCCAGACUUAGGCGGAGGUCCUACCUUAAGUGAUUCCGUAUUGUGGAUUGCGUGUUUUACGGGACCGUGACCUAACUCUUACCACGAAUGCAUGUAAAAGCGACGAGAGUUGUAAAAUGUUCAAUUCAACAGAUUGUCACAAUAAUUGAGUAGCUAAUUGAUGAAAAAAUGAAGAACCGAUUCAAUACGUAUGACAUCGUGUGCUCCAUCACCGAGCUCCAAAACCUCGUGGGAAUGCGAGUUAAUCAAGUUUACGACAUAGAUCACAAAACAUAUUUAAUUCGAUUUCAAAGAAGCGAGGAAAAGAAAAUUUUAUUAUUGGAGUCUGGCAUGCGUAUGCACACGACAGAAUUUGAGUGGCCAAAAAAUGUAGCUCCCUCAGGAUUUUCCAUGAAAAUGAGGAAACAUCUUAAAAACAAGAGACUCGAGAGUUUGAAACAAGUUGGAGUUGACAGAAUAAUUGAUUUACAGUUUGGUUCUAACGAAGCUGCUUACCAUGUCAUAUUAGAACUGUACGAUCGUGGUAACAUAGUGUUGACUGAUUACGAUAUGACAAUUCUUAAUAUCUUGAGACCACAUACAGAGGGGGAUAAAAUAAGAUUAGCUGUAAGAGAAAAGUAUCCAGUCUUCAGAGCCCAUACAAAAGUAAUACCCACGCGAGAUGAAUUUGAAGAUGUUAUGAAGGCAGCUAAACCAGGAGAUGCUUUAAAGAAAAUUUUAAAUCCUCAUCUAGAAGUUGGUGCUGCUGUCAUUGAUCAUGUGUUGUUGGAGGCAGGUUUUCAAUGGGGUUGUAAAAUUGGGAAAGACUUUAAUAUCGAGAAAGAUUUAGACCGGUUGUACAGUGCUAUACAAAAUGCAGAAAAGUUGUUAGAAAACGCAAAAAAAGAAAUGCCAAAAGGGUAUAUUAUUCAGAAGAAAGAGCCCAAGGCUAUUAAAGAUGGUGAAGAUGAGUUUAUUUACGCAAACAUCGAGUUUCAUCCGUGUUUGUUUAAUCAGUAUAAAGAUCAGUUGUACAAAGAAUAUGAUUCAUUUGAUAAAGCAGUUGACGAGUACUUUUCCACGAUGGAAGGGCAAAAAUUAGAUUUGAAAGUCUUGCAUCAAGAACGCGAUGCACUAAAGAAAUUGGAAAAUGUCAGAAAAGAUCAUGACCAAAGAUUAGUGUCGCUAGGUAAAACGCAGGAAGUAGAUAAACAAAAGGCAGAACUAAUCAUGAGGAAUCAAGAGUUAGUUGAUAAUGCAAUACUGGCAAUUCAGAGUGCUCUGGCUAACCAAAUGGCUUGGCCAGACAUACAAGUCUUGGUGAAAGAAGCACAAGCAAAAGGAGAUCCGGUAGCAAGUGCCAUUAAACAAUUGAAAUUGGAAAGUAAUCAUUUUACUUUACACCUAAGUGAUCCGUACAAGGAUAAUGAUGAGGAUGAACCAGAACUGAACCCAAUGACAGUAGACAUUGACUUGGCCCAUUCUGCAUUUGCUAAUGCCACAAAAUACUAUGAUCAGAAACGUUCUGCUGCCAAAAAACACCAAAAAACCAUCGAGUCUCAAGGGAAAGCAUUGAAAUCUGCAGAAAGGAAAACAAAACAGACCCUCAAGGAAGUGCAAGCUAUUCACAGUAUCAAUAAGGCACGGAAAGUUUACUGGUUCGAAAAGUUUUUUUGGUUUAUUUCAUCGGAAAACUAUCUGGUAAUUGGCGGGAGAGAUGGGCAACAGAACGAAUUAAUUGUAAAGAAAUACUUGAGAAGUGGUGACGUUUACGUUCACGCUGAUUUGAGCGGUGCCAGUUCAGUUGUAAUUAAAAAUCCUGUAGGAGGUCCCGUACCACCAAAAACAUUGGGUGAAGCUGGUACCAUGGCUGUGGCAUACAGUAUUGCUUGGGAAGCUAAAGUCAUUGCUGGUGCUUGGUGGGUCAACAGUGACCAAGUAUCUAAGACUGCUCCUACUGGAGAGUACCUAACAACAGGUUCCUUUAUGAUCAGAGGGAAAAAAAAUUAUCUACCUCAUUGUCAGAUGAUCAUGGGAUUGGGAUUUUUGUUUAGAUUAGAAGAUAGCUCGAUUGAGAGACAUCAAAACGAGAGAAGAGUUAGGACGUUGGAGGAUGGCGAUGAAACUGAUAAAACUAUGGAAGUUUAUGAUGAAAUUGAACUUGAAGAUGGAGAUGAUGAGGAUGAUGAAAAAGAUGGCAAUACUUUGGAUACCAUUAAUGAAGAAGGAAGAGAAAACUUGAACAAUGAACUGUCAAAAGAAGAAGAAAGCGAUAGUGACGAGUCACAAUCUCUGUUUCCUGAUACGCAAAUAAAAUUGGAUUUGACGGGACCAAAAGUAAAAAUUCAAGUCGAUGAUUCUAAAGUAAUUUCAAAAAUUCCAACUGACAAUGAUGAUGUAGUUUACUUGGGAGACGACAAACCUAUACCAUUGAAAAAUUUACAAAAUAAAGAUUCAGCAAAAAUAAAAACUCAAAAGGCUCCUUCCAAAAAAGAACAGAAUGACUCUGAAGUACAAAACAAAAAUAAUCAAUCAGCAUUAAAAAGAGGUCAACGAGGAAAACUGAAAAAAAUCAAGGAAAAAUAUAAAGAUCAGGAUGAAGAUGAUCGUAAGCUUUUGAUGACAGUUUUACAGUCGGCAGGUGCACCAAAAGAAGACAAACGAAAAAGUAAAAAUAAAGAUCCAUCUGGACCAAAGCAACAACAAGGAAAGAAAAAAGGCGCUCCUCCAAAAUCUAAUUUUCAAGCUCAGCAACAGCAACGGUUGAAUGAACAAAACGCAGAUAACAAUGACGAAGAAGAUGCUGGCCCAGGUCCAGAAGUUGAUAUGUUAGAUCAAUUGACAGGCAAACCUCUUGUGGAAGAUGAAUUAUUGUUUGCUGUGCCAGUUGUAGCACCUUACAGCACUUUACAAAGUUACAAAUUCAAAGUAAAAUUAACUCCUGGAACUGGCAAACGAGGAAAGGCCGCAAAGACAGCGGUAGCUGUUUUUCUGAAAGAUAAAUCUAUUACUCCUCGAGAAAAAGAUAUUUUGAAAUCUGUUAAAGAUGAGACAAUAGCAAGAAACAUUCCUGGAAAGGUCAAAAUUAGCGCUCCACAAAUAAUGAAAUUUAAAAAGUAA